GAGUAGCAUCUACCAACUCUUCAAUGAUAGGAGUGGAUUUUCCAUCAAAUCUGAAAGAAAAGGUCCAGGCAAAGACCAAGACUACCAGCAAGACAGUGAACUCCAUGCCACAUGCUGACUCGGGGAAAGCACUGAUCCAUCUGCUCUCUGGAAAGUCACCCAAGAAGGCUGCAGAGCCCUCAGCAAGUAUCAUCUUGGCCCCAGAAACUGAGGAGGAAGGCAGUGUUCAGACCCUCAGAACCACUGCCAGGCCUGGAAAGCUGUCAGUGACCCAGGCCAGCAACUCCAGCGAAGACACCACCAGUUCAAGUGAUGAGACAGACGUCGAGGUAAAGCCAGCUCAAGCCAAAACCUUGCCAGCCCCUACUAAAGAGUCUCCAGCAAGAAGGGCUGCCCUGAGCCUUGAAAAGGGCUCUGAGAAAGUUCCCCAAGUUAGAGCUGCUUCAGCCUCGGCCAAGCAGACGCCUGCAAAAUGGACUUCUCCAGUGACCCCUGGAAAGACAGGGGCCUUGGCUACCCAAGCCACGAAAGGAAGGCCUGAGCAGGAUGCCAAGAGCAGCAGUGAGGAGGAGUCUGACAGUGAUGAAGAGAUGCCAGUAAUCAUUACCCCACUUCAGGCAAAACCCUCAGUAAAGACAGCUCAGGUCAGAGCAGCCUCGGUGCCUACCAAGGAGUCUCCCCAGAAACGAGCACCUCCAGUGGCCCCUACAAAGAUAGGACCUGCAGUGACCCAGACCCGGGUCCAGGUAGGAAAGCAGGAGGACUCAGACAGCAGCAGCGAAGAGGAGUCUGACAGUGAAGUGGAAGCACCAGCAGCUGUGAGCCCCGCUCAGGCACAACCCUCAGGGAAGAACCUCCCGAUCAGACCUGCCUCAGAUCCUGCCAAGGGUUCCUUGGGGAAAGGAACUGCCCCAGUGUCCCCUCAGAAGACAGGGCCCAGAACCACCCAUGUCAAGGCUGAAAAGUCCAAGGAGGAAGACUCCGAGAGCAGCGAGGACUCCUCAGACAGUGAGGAAGAGGAGGCAGCGGCGGCAGUGGUGACUCGAGCUCAGACCAAGCCCUUGGGGAAAGCCUCUGAGGCCAAAGCCAGUCCAGCUUCCACAAAGGCACCUUCAGUCAAGGGGGUGGCUCCUGGGAAGGUGGCCACUACAGUUGCCCAAGCAAGACAGGUCACCCCAGCCAAGGAAAAGCCACCUGCAAGAGCCCCUCAGAAUAGCACCAUCACUCCAAGGGGUCAGGCACAGAAGGGGUCCAUUGUAGAGGCAGAAGAGGACUCAGAGAGCAGCAGCAAGGAAUCAGACAGCGAGGAGGAGGCAGCACCAGCCCAGACAAAGCCCUCAGCUAAGACAGCUCAGGUGAGCACUAUCUCUGCCCCUACUAAAGAGUCCUCCAAGAAAGCCCCUCCAGCACUCACUGGGAAGACGGGGCCUGCAGCUGCCCCGGCCCAGGCUGGGAAGCCAGGGGAAGACUCCGACGACGACAGCAGCAGCGAGGAGUCUGAUAGUGAGGAGGAGGCAGCACCAGCCCAGAUAAAGCCCUCAGCUAAGACAGCUCAGGUCAGCACUAUCUCAGCCCCUACUAAAGAGUCCUCCAAGAAAGCCCCUCCAGCAUCCACUGGGAAGACAGGAUCUGCAGCUGCCCAGGCCCAGACUGAGAAGCUAGAGGAAGACUCCAACAACAGCAGCAGCGAGGAGUCUGAUAGUGAAGAGGAGACAGCACCAGCCCAGAUAAAGCCCUCAGCUAAGUCAGCUCAGGUCAGCACCACUUCAGCCCCUACCAAGGGAUCCUCAAAGAAAACAAGCCCUCCAGCACCCUCUGGGAAGACGGGGCCUGCAGCUGCCCAUACCCAGACUGGGAAGCUAGAGGAAGAUUCCGACAACAGCAGCAGCGAGGAGUCUGAUAGUGAAGAGGAGACAGCACCAGCCCAGAUAAAGCCCUCAGCUAAGACAGCUCAGGUGAGCACUAUCUCAGUCCCUACUAAAGAGUCCUCCAAGAAAGCCCCUCCAGCACCCACUGGGAAGACGGGACCUGCAGCUGCCCAGGCCCAGACUGGGAAGCUAGAGGAAGACUCCGACAACAGCAGCGAGGAGUCACAGAGUGAUGAGACGCCAGCAGCUGUGACCCCAGUCCAGGAUGGUACUUCAAACACUGCCAAAAGCAAGACGCUGACCUCAGCCCCCACGCAGGACACAGAGGAGUCCACAGAUAGCAGUGAUGAGGAGCUACCGUGCAGCCAGGUGAUUAAACCCCCUCUGAUUUUUGUCGACCCUAAUCGUAGUCCAGCUGGCCCAGCUGCUACCCCCACACAAUCCCGGGCCGCAAGCACCCCAAGGAAGACCCGGGCCUCGGACAGCUCCACCGAAUGUUCUUCCUCCGAGAGUGAGGACGAUGACAAUGUGAUCCCUGCCACACAGUCCUCCACUGCUGGUGAAACCAAGGGGGAGACUAUGCCUGCUGUUCCCACAAAGGCAGCUCCCAGAGUUGGCAGCAACAAGGAAUCUAGUUGGGUACCAAAAGGCAAGAAACAGGAGGCGGCCACCACUCAGGUUGGUAAUGCCGUGGGAGCUCUCCCUGUGACAUCUCCCCAGAGCACCCCUGUCCAGGCCCAAGUGACCAAGAAGCUCAGAAAACCCAAGCUUCCCGGGGGCCAGCAGGCCACAAGCACUCCCUUGGGCUACCCCAAAGCCAAAACCCUCAAGAGCCCAGAUAACAGCAAUAAUGGCAGCAGCACCUCUUCAGAGUGCAAGCAGGAUGGUUCAGCUCUGACCAAGAGAGAGACCCUGGUGGAGGAGACCACAUCUGAUUCCAGCGAGGAUGAGAUAGUAGCACCUUCACAGUCUCUCCUCUCAGGUUAUGCGAGUCCCGGGCUGACCCUGGCCAAUUCCCAAGCUUCAAAGGCCACUCCUAAGCCAGACCCAAAUCCCUCCAUUCCCUCUGCUUUGGCCAAAGAUGACCCAGAUGGGAAGCCGGAAGCAGACUCCCAACACACAGCAGGCAUCAUGUCCCCUAAAGCAGGUAGAAAAGAUGCUGCCUCAGGCAUACCUCGGAAGCCCCGGAAGCCCAAGAAGGGAGCCAUGGGCUUGGCAGCAUCCACGCAGGCGCUUCAGAGCAGCAUCACCCAGCACCUGCUGGGCCAGCCCUGGCCCCUGAGUGAGGCUCAGGUGCAGGCGUCAGUGGUGAAGGUCCUGACACAGCUGCUAGAGCAAGAAAGGAAGAAGGUCACAGACACCACUAAAGAGAGUAGCAAGAAGAGCCGGAAGCGGAAGUUGUCAGGGGACCAGUCAGCCUCCGGGCCCCCCAAGAGCAAGAAGAAGCAGUCAACAGCUGGAGAAGGUGGAGAGGGUACUGUUUCCCCAGAAAAGAUCUCCAGGACUUCCAAAAAGAAAGCAAAGAAGGACAAAGGGAGUGGUGACAUCAAAGAGAAGAAGGGGAAGGGACCUCCUGGCUCCCCAGGGGCCAAAGACAAGCUUGAAGGGAAGCUGGGGAUGGUGAAGGCUGAGGGUGAUGAUGAAAUGAACUCAAAGAGCAAGAAAGAAAAGAAGAAAUCCAAUAAGAAAAAAAAAGACAAAGAGAAAAAAGAAAAGAAGAAGAAAGCAAAAACUAUAACCAAAGAUCCUGACUCACCAUUCCAGAAGAAAAAGAAGAAAAAGAAGAAGACAGUAGAGCAGGCGGUGUGAAGGCAUAUGCCAGGCACAGGGCGCAGGGAUAUCUUAGCAGAGAAGUGACCAUCUCCAGGCCUCUGCCCUCUCCCCAUCGUGGAUUGGGACUGGAUCUUUAUCUUCCUCUCCCUCCACAAGACGACAGCCAGCCCUAGGGUCCCGUGCUGGCCAAGCCAGUGAGCCUGCCGGAGGCUGGUCCGAGGAGGAAGUGGCCCCUCCCACAACACAAGGCGCUUCGUAUAGAUGUGUAUAAUAUAUAUAUAUAUUUUUUAAGUCACCUGCCUUUCCCUCUACAAGUCCAACAUGCUGAAGUCCUUGAGAUCUCCACACACACUCUCUCUCUCUCUCUUUCUCUCUCUCUCUCUCUCUCUCUCCUUUCUGCAGACGCAGUGAGGCUCAGCUUAACCCAUCCCAUGCUGCUGGGUCUCUGGAUGAUCCCAACUGAGGCUUUGUCCUCUUGCUGUCAGUUUUUCUGGUUAUAGGGUUCUGUUUUGUUUUCUUUUGUUUUAAUAAAGUAAAAGACUUAAAGGAAAGGUAGAUAUUUCCAAUGCACUGGAGGAAAUGCUGUGAAGUUGGCUACUUUAAAGAAGGGCAGUCUGGUGACCCUUAGAGACAUCUUGAGAGUCAUUCAGAGCCAUGCACUGAUGGCUCAUACUUUUAAUCCUAGCUAUCCAGAAGGCUGAGAUCUGAGGAUUGCAGCUUGAAGCCAAACCAGGCAAACAAAUUUGAAAGACUUAACCUUCAGUAAAUCAGUAAAAAGCCAGAAGUGGUAUA